AUGGUGGUAUGUGACGCCUCUAAAGGAUUACAGAUCUUUACCUCAGGAAAGUCGAUGUCCUGUCUUGGAUGGUUUAAUAAUUAUGUGACGUACUUCGAAGCAGAGGAUGCCUGCAGGUCAAAGGGAGGUUAUCUGAUGACACCAAAGACAAUGGAUAAAGUAGCGAUGCUUCUCCCCUUGGUCACCGAGCGGGCUUGGGUCGGCCUGGACGACACAAAACAGGAAGGGGUUUAUAUCUGGAAAGACGAUAAUUCGACCUUGACCUUGACCGCUGAUGUCAAAAGCACGUUUUUCGCUUCUGGUGAACCAAACAAUAAUGGAGAUCGAGAGGAUUGUAAUGUUUACACCCCGACAUUGCUUAAUGAUGUCCCCUGUUGGUUUAAUUACACUUAUUUGUGUGAGAUAUUUACAGUCGAUCUAUAA